CACCGCGGCGUCACGAGCACCACUUCAGCACUAGUACUAGUACUUCUCUUGGCCCAGGCCAUGAGCCAUCGUUAUCAUGGCCAUCGUGCGCUGUCAUUCACCGCGACUGACAUGACUGAACUCGUUGAACUUCGGGCUAGACAACGAACUUUCCAUGGGGCUUACACACGCACUGCUCUCGGAAAUCUGGGAUACGCUCUCGCGAUUCUUCGUUUAUUCGACCACAGAUUCUAUGCUAUUGGUCUCCUCUUCGCUAUUCUUGGUGCCGCCCUUUACGUCCUGGCUUUCCUUCGGGCCCGGCACUCGCGCCACGAUUUUGCUGACUUUGACAAGCCCGAGAGCCCCAAUGCGGCUGCCGGAAAUGACCGUCAACAUGAAUGGGGUUCGCUCAGAGUGCGCUCGCGAGAAAUCAUCAAGACCAAAGGGCAGGAACACGCCCGGCUGUUUGGACGGCCUUUCAUUACAGCUGGAUGGAUCGUGGUCGCAGUCGCGGCUGUUGUUGCGGUGGUGGAGAUUGCACUACUGGUUUUGGUUCUGAAGAUUUAG